AAAGCAGGCAGAGGCUGCAGUUAGACAUUCAGAGGGACUUGACUCACCUUUAGAAGCCUGCUCAUCUUCACUCUCUUGCCCAGCUCAAGAAUCGACAAUGUCUAUCUACAGACAGUCAGCAUCUCUCCAUGGCUACGGAGGCAGCAGCAGGAAGUCCACUGCCACACCAGGCGGCAGCAGCUACACCAUCUCGAAGAGAACCAGCUAUGGCGUUGGUUCGGCUCCGGGUGCUAACUUUAGUAGUGGCAGUGCUUUUGGCUAUGGUUCCAGCCAAGGUGGCAGUUAUGGUGGUGGUAUGAUCCAACCACAUAUCACCGCUGUCUCGGUCAACUCGAGCCUGCUGGCCCCACUGAACCUGGAGAUUGACCCCAACAUCCAGAUCGUCCGCACCCAUGAGAAGGACCAGAUCAAGGGCCUGAACAACCGCUUCGCCUCCUUCAUCGACAAGGUCAGAUUCUUGGAGCAGCAGAACAAGAUGCUGGAGACCAAAUGGAGCCUCCUGCAGGACCAGACCACCACCCGCUCCAACAUCGACAGCAUGUUCGAGGCCUACAUCGCCAACCUGCGCAGACAGCUCGAUGGGCUGGGCAACGAGAAAGUCAAGCUGGAUGGAGAGCUCAAGAACAUGCAAGGCCUGGUUGAGGACUUCAAGAGAAAGUAUGAGGAUGAAAUCAACAACCGUGCAGGUGCAGAGAACGAGUUUGUGCUCCUGAAGAAGGAUGUCGAUGCUGCCUAUAUGAACAAGGUGGAGCUCGAGGCCAGGGCUGAUGCUCUUCAGGAUGAGAUCAACUUCCUCAGAGCUGUCUAUGAGGCUGAGCUUCGUGAGCUGCAGGGCCAGAUCAAGGACACCUCUGUCGUUGUGGAGAUGGACAACAGCCGUAACCUGGACAUGGACUCCAUUGUGGCUGAAGUGCGCGCUCAGUAUGAGGAUAUUGCCAACCGCAGCAGAGCUGAAGCAGAGGGCUGGUACAAACAGAAGUACGAGGAGAUGCAGUCGUCAGCCGGACAGUAUGGAGAUGACCUGCGCUCAACCAAGACUGAGAUCGCUGAGCUGAACCGCAUGAUCGCCCGUCUUCAGAAUGAGAUCGAGGCUGUCAAGGGACAGAGGGUAAACCUUGAAUCUCAGAUCGCAGAGGCCGAAGAACGUGGUGAGCUGGCAGUGAAGGACGCCAAGCUCCGCAUCAGGGACCUGGAGGAUGCUCUGCAGAGAGCCAAGCAGGACAUGGCCCGCCAGGUGCGUGAAUACCAGGAGCUGAUGAACGUCAAGCUGGCCCUGGACAUCGAAAUCGCCACCUACAGGAAACUGCUGGAAGGAGAGGAGGACAGAAUCAGCAGUGGAGGCGCCACCGCAACCGUUCGCAUGCAGCAAAGCUCUGCAGGACUCCAAAACUCAGGCAUGGUCCGGUGGUUAAUGGUGGUGGAUACGGCCAGUAGUGGAUAUAGUGGUGGAUAUGGGGGUGGAUAUGGUGGAGGGACAAGGCACCAUCACCAAGACAUCAACAUCAUCAACCAGCAGCAGCAGGAGAGUGUAUUAAAAAAGGAGAGUCGUCCCUCUUCCCCUUCAGAAACUUUUGACAUUCAUCAAGCUGUAGUCCUUCAGGGUGCUAAGUAA